CGCACGCAGCAGCGCGUCAGAGCGUACUGCUUCACUGCCCCGUGUGAGCGAGCUGACACACACUCGCCGGCUGCCGCUCGCUCUGACACAUACAGACGCACACUCCCACACCGGGUCUCUCCCUCCCUCUCUUGGUAACGCACACUAACACGCACACACACAGUCAGUCAGUCAGUCAUCAACCCUCAUUCAACUCCCUCCCUGCCACGGGUCUGCAUCUCAGACAGGGACCUUGUUCCUCCCCAGCUGGAAAGAGCAGACCAUCGCAAGGUGCACGCACAGACACGAACAAACAAACAAACACACAAGCAUCAUCCUUCAGGACUUUUAUCUUAGGAACGGGAAGGCAGGCUUCACUGCGAGGAGGAGAGUGGAGCUUUCAUCAAAUGAAGAUAUGUGAAAGAAGUGGAGAAAGCCAGACAAGAUGACGACCUCUGGAGGAACUUUGACAAGAUCGUUGCUGUAGGAAGCUCUUUUGUCACCCGAAUCAAAGCUCAACAUCCAGGGCGUCUGCUGUGAGUGGCUGCCCUCUCUCCUCAGGACUCUCUCACUGGGACGUCUCCCACCCAUCAGCAUGCCUACAGCUUGCACAUUAAGGUGCACCCUGGGAGUGUGACCCACCAUGUGCAGAUGGACGCCCUCCGUCGCUCACCUCCAUCCUCCUGAACCCGCUCCUGACGCCGCGGCCUCCGCCAGGCGACAGCCUGGCCCGCUGCCCGGCACGGCCUCCUUCUGCCUGGCAUGCCUGUCCUUGCUGCUGGCCGCCGCCGGUGCCGUGUCUGGGGCCUGCCACCCUGGGCUAGGGCACGAGCCCCUGCAGGUUCUGGCGGGUGGCACAAACUGCUCGUGGACGUUGGAGAGGCACACGAGAAGUUACAAUCACCUGGAGGGCGACGUGCGGCUGCGGCGGCUUUACUCGGCCAACAAGUUCUUCCUGUGCAUUGACAAAACGGGCAAGGUGGACGGCACGCGCCGGAAAAACUAUGCUGACAGUCUGAUGGAAAUCCGAUCUGUCAGUGUGGGAGUUGUUGCCAUCAAGUCUGUCAGCACCGGGCUGUACUUAGCCAUGUCCAAGAAAGGCACGCUCUUCGGAUCGAUCAAGUACAACCCAAGCUGCAAGUUCAAGGAGCGCAUCGAGGAGAACGGCUACAACACGUACGCCUCACUACGCUGGAAGCACGGCGGCAGGCAGAUGUUUGUCUCGCUGAACGGGCGGGGGAAGCCACGGCGAGGCCACAAGGCCAGGAGACGACACCCGUCCACUCACUUCCUGCCCAUGCUGCCCUCCUAGCUCGCUUGGCACUGGAAGCGGCGACCCGGAUGUCUUCAUCACCCACCUUCGUUCACCCAUGUGUCACAUAUAUGUACAUUUGAUCAGAUUUGUGACAUUUAUUUGUUGAGCUAGUUUGUGCUUUUAAGUUAUUUUCCCCAUGUUGAAAAGACUGACAGUAGAGUGGUACUAUCCUCAGGCGUGUGUGUGUGUGCGUGUGUGUGUGCGUGCGUGUGCAUGUGUGUGUGUGAAAUGUGUAUGUGUGUGUGAGAGAGUCAACAGGAUUUCCCAUUGUUGAACAGAAAAGCCUGGUUUUCCUUCAACUCAAUACGAAGUAUCUCAGCCAACAAAAAUCAUUACAAAGAAGUGUCACCGCUGCCUUGGAUACUGGACUACUUAAGAGACCUCAAACCCAAAAAGAAUUUUGACAAAUAGAUGGACAAGUAGCAGAUUUUAGAUAAGCUGUAUGUUGUGUGCAUUCAACUUUCAAGUGUUGUCACUGUGGCUCUAAUGCUUCACUUGGUUAAGCAUUCACUUGGUAAUGUAAAGUCAACUAACAUCCGUUUCCACAUUUGCCGUUGCCUGCAUUACAUAGAGGCUGUAGGUGCACUCGAUGUGACGUAGCAGCAACAGUUCAGAUCAUUCAUUUUGUACACUAAAUAAAUGGUUCUUGCUAACUUUUUUCUCCACAACAAG